AUGCUAUUGGAAUACCUUGACAAUAUUCAAUCUGUAAUAUUUAAAAUUGAUAUCAAUCCUCUUGGAUUCACCUAUUUCGAUUAAAUUGAAGACAUUUAAGAAUGCUUGAUAAAUCAGGGAGAUCUAAACUUAAUCAAGGUUAAUUCAGGUGACGAAAUAUCUGCAACAUUGAAGCUCAUUAUGCUGACAGAGUAUUUGCCUGAAGAAGAUCAAAAAGAGUAGUUAAUAAAGUUAGUCUUAAUUGUAAAGAAUUUGCUAUAUGCUGAUUAGUAUAAUUGGCUUUUGAAAGAGCUCAAGAUUUCAAAAUCACUUAUUAGAUUUUAAGAAUGCAAGGACCUUCCUUUCUUUGUCACUAAAAUAUCAUAUAAAGACUUAUUGAGAAGGAAAAAGAUAAAUCAAGCGAAUUAAUUUGUUAAUUCUCUAGUAAUCUUAGAUACAGAUACUAGCCUUAAUUAUGAAAAUAGAAAUAUGAGAGUGCUUUCUGCUAAUAGGCAAUCUAAGAAAUUGAAUAACACUGAAGACUAUAAAUAUGGCAAUAUUUCAUAUUUCAAUCAAGGCAUUAUGGAGGAUGUUUAAUUUUAAAUCGAUAUUAAAGAUGAAGAAUUAAUGGUUGAAAAAUAUCGAAUCAAUUCUCUCUAGUCAGGUGGUUGUAUUUUAGCAACUGAGCAUUUAUCUCCAAGAUAGUUUUCUAGUUUCCUACCAUUAACUUAAAACGGUCUUUCACCAAAAGAUAGUAUGAAAAUUAGUCUAAUCUCAAAGAAGAGCUCUAAUAGACCUAAAUAGCUUCAAGGAAUGAAUGAUGUUGUUAAGUAAAAAAGAGUUGAUUUAAUGUACAAUAAGUAAGUUCAUAAAUCCUGCUGUGGUUCAGGAGAAAAUAAGUGUUUAAUAUUUUGA